AUGGUAAAAGAUAUUCAGCAUAAACUGGGCGAAAACGUCGUAGACACCGCAACAGUCGAAAAUUUACUAACCGAGCUAAUAAGAGUCGCUAGCACGCUGGCAAAUUUGCAAAAUCUCGCCCAAUGCGAAGAAUACUCGUUUGAUAUUGAUGACAUUGGUCUGUCUUUAGAUUCAUUCGAUAUGAUCAUAAAUAAUACAUUAACACAGUCCUUCUUGAUCGGUGAAGGUACCACACUCUGGAAUGCGUCAAUAUACUACAAGUCAACAAGUCGCUCGCAGAAUAACAAGAUAGUGGCUCUGCUCCGUCAAGCAGGAUUAGUGCUCAUUCAAACUGGAGCAAUAACUCGUACUGAUGAAACAGUCGGAAUCAAGUUAAUCGCUCUUGCAACAAAAGUAGGCAAAGCUUAUAUCGACUGCGGAAUGACCGAAAAAGCAGAUGAAGUUUAUCGGUCUAUGAAUGAGCAUGAAGCGAACGUACUAGCAUCACAAGACGAAAGCGAUGACUUGAGGAAAUCCAAAGCGUCGACUCUCACAACGUUCUACGCAUCUCGUGCAGAAGUGGCCUGGAAGCUCGCAAACACACAUAUUGCAAACCUUAUGAUGCAACAUGCAACUGCUGAUAAGUAUCUCAUCUACUGCUCGAUGCGUGAGGUCAAUUAUGUAUGUCAGGUGUGUCUAACAAUUGGCUAUCAGUUAUCGAAAGAUAACAAGAUAUCUGAAGCCAUAACUUGGCUAAAAAAGUGCCACGAUGUUGCGGAGUUUAUGAAAGGAAAACGAUGCCAUGAAACAAUGUUGAUAUUGACAAAAAGUUUAAACUUGCUCGCAUCUUGUUAUCUGAAAAAGUCUAUUCAAGACGUAUCCGCCCUCCAUCUUGCAGAAAAUGCCAUCGCUACAUGUUUAGAAAGAGAUCCAGGGAAUUUAUUGGCAAUGUCGCUGAAAAUUAAAAUGUUGAAGCAAAAUGGUGCCGAUUUUUCAGGCAUCGAGCAAGCUUACAAAGAAUUGAUGAGCCCUCAGCAAGUAGCAAAGGAUGAACUUAAAAUAUUGCUAAAUGCAGCACAUUUUAUCGCUGAGCUAAACCCGCGUGUUUCUCUAGACGGUCUCGACAUGCUCCUUGAAAAAACAUUAGCAGAUCUCGGGAAUAUGGAGCUUGUUGAAAAUACGAUUGUUGCUAAAUUUCACAUAAUGGGAAAUAUUGGCAAAAAGAAUGACAUGGAAAAUAUUAUGAAAAGCGUUGAGGUUACAGUUGGAUCGGCACGGGAUUACACUUUCCAGAAAAACAAUUAUAGCAUGCCAAAUGAUACUAUGGCAAAAUGGAGACGAAAACUACGCGGUAUGAGCGGUCAUAGUAAUGAGCAAUCCUUAGAGCUUCCUCAAACAGUAAUUCUAAUGUCAGUGAUACAACAGGAAAAAAACUAUGAACUUGCCAAAAGCUGGUAUACUUUUGCGUAUAAAUUUAUCGCAUCCAGUGAAGUGGAUAACAGAAACGCAGCUAUAUUGCAACGGAAGAUUUCUCUUUGCGAUUUAGAAAGGCAUGCGGUUUCCGAUGCAAUUAACGCAGUCACUCUUGCCCAGAAGCAUGAGGCAAAUUCUGCUGCAAACUAUUAUAUAAUGUUUAACAUUGCCCUAGAGAUAAAUGAUGUGGACAAUGCUAUUAAACACCUUCAUCAAAUGUGUAAUUCAAACGACUUUCAUACAAAUAUGCUAACAAUUGCUGCAAAUGAAGCAUACAAGCGAAAUAAUAAAGAGAUAUUAAUCGAGGUCUUGAGAGAAAUUCUACUUAAGCGUCGAGAGAACCAAGACGCACUAGGCGUUGAUAUUAUGGUGCUUUUGCGAUGCCUGAUACGGCUGACGCAUAAAGCAAUUGAAUCUGCAAGAGAAGAUGAGCAGCAAGCCUUAAGACAAUAUUUGUUGGGAUAUUUUGAAAUUGCCAUUACAGUUAUUGGGUUGGAUGCAUCUUCCUCACCUUUAACUGACGUUAUGUUAACAAAACAAGAUUUAAACGAACUUGAAUGGUACUAUAAAACGGCCUGGAAUAUUGCUCUUGAAUUUUGCCAGAAUCCGGCUAGUGCGUCAAUAGCAAUCCAAUUGUUUGGAAUUGCGUAUAAGUUUCUGGAACUUUAUAAGGAGGAAACGGUUGAGAUUCUGGCUUGGAAAAGGCUCUGUUUAUUUACGUGUAUCGCCGGAAGGAUUUUCCAAUCACGUGAUAGUAUAGUAAUGGAGGAAAAGGAAAGUCUCCUCGAAAAGUCUCUCGCGGAUAUCAUACUAUAUCAGAAAAUACGCAAUGUUCUCCAAAUGCGUAAACAAUUGAAUAGCGAAACAAUCGUUGAACCUCAACAAGCAGAAUCUGAUGUUAUGCUUGUAUUCUUGUUUGAAUUUGAGGCAAAACUACAAUUAAAGCGAUGGAAUGAAAUUCGAGAGAUGCUUGACGACGCAAGAAAAUAUGAACUUAACAUGCCCUUUAAAGUAUAUGAACGAAUGAUGGAACUGCUCAUUAUUGACAGAGAGUGUCCUAGUGAAAUUUUAUCUGCAACUCUACAAGCUCUCUUAAACUCUUUAUCAAGUCAACCGCAUUCAGAGUAUACUCGCUUUUCGCGAUGGUUUCGUAUGCUGUUAAUUUCAGCACUUCAUCAAGACAAACAUGUUGCGCAUCAAUAUUUUGUGCAAGCUACGGAUAUUCUGAAGAAUUGUCCUCAUCAAUCAUAUCCAGAGGAAGAAAUUCAGUGGAUGAUGGUAACAGCAUGGAACCAGGGAGUUGACUAUUACUCAGCGAGAAAUUUUGAAGAAGCCAGGAAAUGGUGUGAAACUGCAAUAAUGUUUUGCAGAUCUGUGGAGAAUGGAAGUUUCUACGAGCAAGAGAUGAGAGAAUUGUUUGUGGAAAUCGUAGACAAUUGUGCUUCAAGUAGCCUCCGGUUGGAUUUUCGAAUAUGA